CAGUGGUGUCCGACUCUGGGGGUUUGUGCUCAUCUCCAUUUCUAAGCCAAAAAGCCAACGUUGUCCAUAGGUACCUCCACAGUCAUGUGACCGGCAUGGCUAAAUGGAGCACCAUUACCUUUUCGCCAGAUCUACUCACAUUUGCAUGUUUUCGAACUGCUAGGUUGGCAGAAGCUGGGCUAACAGCAGGAACUCACGCCGCUCCCCGGGUUUGAACUGGUGAUCUUUCGGUCAACAAGUUCAGCAGCUCAGUGCUUUAACCUACUGCACCACCACGGACUCCUGAGAAACCUUAUACAUGCCUCAAAUGUGUAGAGAUCUUCCUUGAGAGUGGAAGUCUAUGUUCGCAUCAAAGGACUCAAACUGGGGAGAAACCCUAUACAUGCCUGGAGUGUGGAAAAAGCUUCAAUUGUAUUUCAGGUCUACGUUCACAUCCAAGGACUCACACUGGAGAGAAACCGCAUAAUGCUUGGAGUGUGGACAGAGCUUCACUGAGAGUAGUAGUCUACAUUCACAUCAAAGGACUGACACUGGGGAGAAAUCCUAGAAAUGCAUGAAGUGUGGGAAAAGGUUCUCUGAGAGUUCAAAAAUACAUAGACAUAGAAUUCACAUUGGAAAGAACCGUGAUAUUUGACCCCAGAAAGACUGACACAGAACUUUCCAGACUUUUCAUGUUGCUGACACUUUUUAGACAUGCAUCCUUUCGCGACAUGGGAAAUGAGGAUUCUGUGGAGCCACCUCUUGGGAGCCGUAAGGAAGCCAAUAAUAUAAUAAGAAGAAAUCCUUUCAAGAUGGUGAUCUUGCUGAAUUCUUGACCUCACUUACAGAUAAGAAGAAAAAAAAAGAGAGUCAAGUAUCUGUAUUGUCAUUUAGUACACAAAUCAUUGUUGACAUGAAGGAGAAAGCAUCUCAAUGCCUGGAGUGUGGAGAGAAUUUUACUCAGAGGGCGAAUCCAUGUUCACAUCAAAAGACUGACAUUGGGGCGAAACCCUAUACAUGCCUGGAGUGUGGAAAAAGCUUUACUCAGAGUGCAAAUCUACAUAGACAUCAAAGGACACACACUGGGGAGAAACCCUAUACCUGCUUAGAAUGUGGACAGAGCUUCCCUUGUAGUUCAAAUUUACAUUCACAUCAAAGGAUUCAUACUGGGGAGAAACCCUUCAUGUGCCUUGAAUGUGGACAGAGCUUCAACCGGAGUGCAAAUCUACGUAGACAUCAAAGGACUCACACUGGUGAAAAACCCUAUACAUGUCUGGAAUGUGGAGAGAGCUUCACUGAGAGUGGAAAUCUACGUUCGCACCAAAGGACUCACACCGGGGAGAAACCUUACACAUGCCAGGAAUGUGGACAGAGCUUCACUAAUCAUUCGAGUCUUCGUUCGCAUCAACGGACCCACACUGGGGAGAAACCCUAUACAUGCCUGGAGUGUGGAAAGACCUUCGCUCAGAGUUCACAUCUACGUUCACAUCGAAGGACCCACACUGGAGAGAAACCCUAUACAUGCCUGGAGUGUGGAAAGACAUUCGCUCAGAGUUCAGGUCUAAAUAUACAUCAAAGGACUCACACUGGGGAGAAACCCUAUACAUGCCUGGAGUGUGGAAAGAACUUUACUAAGAGUGCAGAUCUACAUAGACACGAAAGGACUCACACUGGGGAGAAACCCUAUACAUGCCUAGAAUGCGGACAGAGCUUCCAUUGUACUUCAAGUCUACAUUCACAUCAAAGGACUCACACUGGGGAGAAACCUUAUAUGUGCUUUAAAUGUGGACAGACCUUCACUCGGAGUUCAAGUCUACAUAGACAUCAAAAGGCUCACUCGGGUGAGAGACCCUAUUCAUGCCUGGAGUGUGGACAGAGCUUCACUGAGAGAGGAAAUCUACAUUCGCAUGAAAGGACACACACUGGGGAGAAACCCUAUACAUGCCUGGAGUGUGGACAGAGCUACACUACGAGUGCAAAUCUGCGUUCGCAUCAAUGGACCCACACUGGGGAGAGACCUUAUACAUGUCUGGAAUGUGGAAAGAGCUUUACUAAGGGUGGAAAUCUACAUAAACAUGAAAGGACUCACGCUGGGGAGGAACCCUAUACCUGCCUACAAUGUGGACAGAGCUUCCCUUGUAGUUCAAAUUUACAGGCACAUCAAAGGAUUCACACGAGGGAGAAACCCUACAUGUGCCUUGAAUGUGGGCAGAGCUUCACUUGGAGUGCAAAUCUACGUAGACAUCAAAGGACUCACACUGGGGAGAACCUCUAGAAAUGCUUGGAGUAUGGACAGAGCUUGACUCGUAGUUCAGGUCUACAUUCACAUCACAGGAUUUACACUGGGGAGAAACUUUAUAAAUGCCUGGAGUGUGGAUCGACUCAUAGUAGAAGGCAAUGAGAAUAUCAAAGAAACCUUAUACAAGUCAGGAGUGUGGACAAAGAUUUUGUCAGUUAUCGGAUUUAUAAAUUAGAAGAGCACUGCCAAAAGCAUAAGUGUACUUACAUAGGGUUAUCUG